AUGUGUGUCAACGCUGGAGACAACGAGCACAGGAAGCACCAAGGGGAGAAACGGGGCAUGGAGAGCGGCGAAACUGUGCUGUUGCAUCUUCACGGGCGAACUUCAACGAGUCGUCACCAACGGCGAUGGUAUCGUUGGGGGCGGGAAUGGACACACACGAGGGGGCUACGGCUCAGGGAUUCGGUGGACACCAAGGUGUCCGCUCGAGGUGGGCCAAGCGCUCGUUCUUCGCGUCAAGAGCGUAGCGCCCUUCUUGCGCAGCAGGCGGGGGCGGUCAACGAAGUAGCCAAGACGGUGUCGGGGUUUCUAGAGAGGAUGGACGGCGGUGUUGGCCAGGGGUGCGUGGUCCCGGUGAAGGCCGACCUGAGCGUGGAAGGGAAGGGUGCAGGAGGGAGCUGUUCGAGGCGGGCUAGCUUAGCCUGCGGUAACCUGCGGAGCGCGUGGAUCUUGGAGGGAGGGGCUGACCAUCCUUCGCUUUUUGCGCCACCUUCGUCUCGGCUAUUCCUUCCUUGGCGCGGCCCCAGAACAGCGCCAAUUCCCUGAUGGGUGGGUGGAAAUGGGGCAGCGACAACCCUCAGGCUUGCUUAGAAGAAUGGGUGGUCGUUCAACGGAACGGAUUGGCGUGCGGUACCCCCGUAGAGGUUCCUGGAGGGACCGACUACGGGGGGGUGGGUUUCGUGGGCAAGGCACCGGCGUACGUUAUAGGGUACAAAAUUUUCUUCGUCUUUGUCUUCUUGUUCCGCGAGGGGAGGGUGUGGCGAGUGGUGCCCUGGCUACUGGGGACGAAGAGCUUUGAGGACAGCGAUCGACGCGGGUUGGAGGGGGGCGGGGAGUGGAAGACGGGAGCGGUAGAACUCAUGGAGAGGUUAUGAAAUGCAAAUAGCUCGGCAAUCCGAAAGCCAUGGACUUGUCGUGCGGGAGGAUUCAACGUGAAGAGAUGGCGACGAGUGCAUGCGGCAGCCCUCGUCUCCCUUGAGGGUAGCAUGGAAACGCACGGGGAGCCAAGUACCCGGCGUUUGCCACCGCUCUAGGCGCAUGAGGUUCGACUCUCAUCGCUGCGCUAUCCGGAGCACGUCCACACAAUCAAUCCGUGUAUAACGCACUCAAGUGUAUAGAGCCGAUCGCAACCGCGGGGGUUGCCAAUCGGAAAACAUAUGCUUUUUCUUAUUGAUGGUAGAGGCCACACACACCCACAGAGAGCCCUCGUCCUGCCUCCCCAUCUCGAGCUACUCCUCCAAACCCGUACUACUACUACUACCCGUACCGUUAUAGCCGUUCCCGUUUCCCGUACCCGUACCCGUACCCGUCCCAGAUAACUGCGCCAACGUACCCAGGCCGACUCAGUCUCGAAGAGCCCCCGCUACAGGGCCCUUCAAUCCACCACGCGUCUUGUUUCUAAUGUAUUGCAUCCCGUUCUCGGGGGGUAGGCUACUCUUAAAUAAUAGUGUAGUCUAUUAUCAAUAUUAGCUCCCUCUCACUGCAGUCAGUCACACCCCAAACUGACGCGCACCGAUGAGCGAUCCGCACCAACAGCAGUUGUAGUGCAGUCACGAGGAACCCCCGCUACAGGGUCCCCCGAACAUGGAGCGGAACUGGACAAAUAACAAGUGAAAAACACGAAGACAAACAAACAUACAUAUAUCGCAAGGUUGGAAAGGAAAAACUCCAUACCCCGCCUUCCAAAAUUAAAUUCUACUGGUCUGGUAAGAUUUCUUAUAGAGAAAAGGUAAAAAUACUUUGAAAAUUAAGUUGUACUGGUCUGGUAAGAUUUUGUAUUGAGAAAAAGGUAAUAUACUCGUAAAAUAAAAUAAAAUACUUCAAAGCAACAAGCAGUCAGCAACAAUGCUGCAUCCUCGUACGCUUAGGAUAAAUAAAGUGGAAUACAGCGAACGCACCAGAGGAUUUGGAAAGAGAACUGAAUCAACUUUCGCUCCUCCGGACAAAGAGGCGACCGCUGUUUAACGACCGCCUUUCAACGCGCUAUCUACC